AUGAGCGAUCUUCCGAGUACACGAGUGACUCCGUCACAUCCAUUUACACAUACUGGGCUGGACUUCGGUGGUCCGUUCAUCAUAAGGGAGCAUAAGCGUCGUAAUGCAAGGAAGCUCAAGGCGUAUAUAUGCAUUUUUGUAUGUUUUUCCACCAAGGCUAUGCACAUAGAGUUGGUGGCUGACUUAACAUCAGAGGCCUUCUUGGCUUCACUUAAACGGUUCAUGGCGCGAAGAGGCAAGGUUGCAUGCCUGUAUUCGGACAAUGGGACGAAUUUUGUAGGAGCAGCUCGAGAACUCAAUGAGUUGCAUAGGAUGUUCACUGAGGAACAAGUACAGCGCAAAUUAAAUGACUUCUUUUCAGAGACUCGAAUUCAGUGGCAAAACAUACCUCCCAAUGCUCCGCACUUUGGCGGACUGUGGGAGGCAGCUAUCAAAUCUGCCAAGUAUCAUAUGAAAAGAAUUAUUGGCAAUGCAUCUCUUAAUUACGACGAAAUGUCAACUGUAAUCACUGAAAUUGAGGCUAUUCUGAAUUCGCGUCCCAUAAGUCCAAUGUCAAAUGACCCGAAUGAUGUUCAAGCGUUAUCACCGGGCCACUUUCUUAUUGGUCAACCGUUAAAUAGUUAUAGUCAUCCAAAUUUAGAAGACAUUCAGAUAAAUCGUUUAAGUCGAUGGCAAUUGGUAGAAAGGCUGCGUCAACAUUUUUGGCAAAGGUGGCAGAUUGAAUACCUCAAUAGCUUGCAAGGUAGAAGCAAAUGGAUGAACGACAAGGGCCAAUCUCUUGAGACAGGACAGUUGGUUAUAAUUCAACAAUCAGGGUUAGCACCAAUGCAGUGGUUAAUGGGACGUGUGUUGAGUGUAAAUAGAAGUUCAGAUAACAAAGGACGAUCAGCUCAAAUUAAAACCAGUAAUGGUGUUGUCACUCGUCCAUUAGCGCGCUUGGCUAUACUACCAGUAGACACUAAGGCAUAA